AUGGAGUGGGAUUGGGACGAUGGUGGCCACAAACACAUUUGCAAGGCCAAAACAGCACAACCAGUUCAGCAGGGUGGUGUGAUGGAAGCUCUUAAAAGAUCCAGAACAGAGGCUGCCAAGAACACUCCACUCAAGUGCCAGGCAUGCAACAUGGAUGCUGAUUUUGUUCCUGAUGGGAUGAUCCCUUGCCAGAAAUGCAAGAAGGCGCAUUACUGCUCCCCGGACUGCAGGCUGUGGCACUGGAAACAGGGUGGCCAUGCAAAGGCAUGUGAGGGGAAUCGUGGAGCCAGAGCAUCUGUUGUGGAAGAGGAGCAAGACAGGCAUGUCCCAGGUAUGGAUGAGUCCAUUCAAGCAUUUGAUCCCAAUGAACUGCCUGCCCAGAAGGGUGGAGUGAUGGAAGCUCUGAAGAGAUCCAGGGCGGAGGCUGCAAGAGCACUCCACUCAAGUGCCAGGCAUGCAACAUGGAUGCUGAGUUUGUUCCUGAUGGGAUGUCCUUGCCAGAAAUGCAAGAAGGCACAUUACUGCUCCCCGGAUGCAGGCUGUGGCACUGGAAACAGGGUGGCCAUGCAAAGGCAUGUGAGGGGAAUCGUGGAGCCAGAGCAUCUAUUGGGAAGAGGAACAAGCCAGCAUGACUCGGACCAAGAGUCAAUUAUGCCUUUGAUCCCAAUGAACAGCCUGCCCAGAAGGGUGGAGUGA